UAUCAAUUUUCAAGAAUGGAGUGUUCCCUUGGCACGACGACUAAGGAAAAUAUUGCAGCGACGACGUUUACCGUUCUUCACUUCAGUAGAGCAAUUUCACUGAUUGCGGAAGCCGCCGUCAAAGAAUACCUGGCCAAGGCGUGGAACACGUUGCUCGUCGGCUCAAGACAGUGGCUUCAGCACCACUCGAGGGACAGUCGAGAAGAGGUGAUCGCUUUCAGAAAUGCGCGCACUCCGUCCUUUGAUGGUAAUGGAUUUGGUUCGCCUCCGUGGGUGGGCGCCAACCCUGCCCGGAGGGAAGUUCGGCCGCCCAAGAUUGGAGAUAUUCCACGGCACUGCGCAGUGGAGGAUGACGAAGCGUGCUGCUCGCCGCUCGAACGGGACGAAAGGACGCUGCUGGUGCGCGCCACCGAGCGCCUCAGCCUCCGCCAGGAGCCGCCGACCCAGCUGCCGUGCGACGAGGUCCGCAAGGGCCACCUCGAGCACGCACACUCGGCCAGCAGCCUCGAGCCAAGGGCCAAGGCCGCCCUCGACCAGGCCGUCAGGCCCAUCUACCCCAACAUCCCCUACUCGCCUUAUGGGUCGCCGUGCGCCCCCAGAAGACGGACGCCGCUGCGUCAAAGCUCAAAGGUGGAACGAGGAGAAGUGCAAUUAAACCAGUACCGCUUGGAAGGCAGUCUGGGCCAGGGCUCGUAUGGCAUCGUCCAGUUGGCGUACAACAGCGACGACAACACUCACUAUGCGAUGAAAAUCCUUUCCAAGAAAAAGCUGAUGAAAAAGGCCGGAAUUUAUGGACGCAUGGCGCCUGGCAGAAAAGGGGAUAGUCCCCUGGACAAAGUUUAUCGUGAAAUAGCCAUCCUGAAAAAAUUGGACCAUCCAAAUUUAGUGAAGCUAGUUGAAGUGCUUGAUGAUCCAAUCGAAGACAAUCUUUAUUUAGUUUUUGAGCUUGUUGAAAGAGGAGAGGUCCUGCAGCUUCCGACAACAAAUCCUCUCUCCGAGGAGCAGGCGUGGACAUAUUUCAGAGACGUAGUUCUAGGGCUAGAAUAUUUGCAUUAUCAACGCAUAAUCCACCGAGACUUGAAACCAUCUAAUCUUCUGCUGAACAAAGAUAGUAGGGUGCAGAUCGCAGAUUUGGGUGUUUGCAACGAGUUCCAUGGAACGGACGCUCUACUCUCGGGAACGGCUGGAACUCCGGCUUUCAUGGCUCCCGAGGCUCUCCGUCCAGACCGAGGUGCAACCUUUAGUGGGAAGGCUGCUGACGUCUGGUCACUUGGUUGCACUCUGUUUGCGUUUGUAUACGGAAAUGUGCCGUUCCGGGCCGACUCUGUGCUCACUCUGUACACCCGGAUACAAAAUCAGACACUCACGUUCCCGCUGCGGCCCACAGUAAGCGCCCCUUUGCAAGAUCUCAUUACGCAGAUGCUGCAAAAGGAUCCUGCCAAGCGCAUAACUCUGCCUUCAAUUAAGGAGCACAUUUGGGUGACGAGAAGUGGCAAAUUCCCAUUACCGAGCGAGCAGGAAAACUGCAGAGACGUGGUUGAAGUUUCUGAGGAGGAAAUCAACGCGGUCGUGCGCUCCAUCCCCAAACUGAACACCCUGAUUCUGGUCAAGAGCAUGCUAAAGAAGCACUCAUUCCAACAUCCGUUCUCGUCCAGACGGGCGCUCACGUCGCUGCACAUUGGAACGAAAGAGGAGUUUGCCAGGUCGGGUCGGUCACACUCGGCGCCUGGCGCUUGUGCUGACUGGCACGAAGCAAGGUCCAAAGACGGUGCUCCAGUCUUGCCCUCAGUCACUGAGGCUGGCACCAGUGAUGAGGCUCGGCAGUAAAACUACUAUUUGGCACUUAAACACGAGGCUUUAAACUUUAUUCCGUAAUUUAGCAAGUGCCAAAUUGACUCGUCUCUUAUUAGAAUUUGACUACUUUUACUCUAUAUAAAUAAAAAUUUAGCGCGAUGGAUAUUUAAUGCUAAAAUUAAAGUUAAUAUUUUAUGGCUUUUGCUAUUCAACCAAAUCAAGCCACAAAUUUUUGCACAAAUCUUGGUGUCUUAAGAAAAUCUCUAUUUGUCUUGCCAUUACGUCUCUAUAAAUAUGCUCUUGAUAACAUUUCCUAGAAAAACUCUCUUUGUUCUUAUCUAAUCUCUCUUCUCUCUAAUCAAAUUUUACUCGUCUAAAUUUUAUUGACUGUAGCUGUGCAAAUUAUGCAUUUCCCUUAUGUAACAUUGUUAGCGCUCUUUACUUCAUUGUUACUAUAAAGAAUUAAGAAAAUCAAAUGGUGAAGCAACAAAUCCUAGCCAAAGCUACAAAACUAUUAUAAUAUAUUGUAUCUACACAUACAACAUAUUUUGAAAAUUUCAUGACAUAUAAACUUUUACAGAUAAAAGUGUACUUUAAAGAGUAUAGCUUUAAAAAUGUACUGCAAUUAUAUUAUACUUAAUAAUUAUAAAACAAAACAUGUAGUAGACGUCAUGGACUCAAAAACGAAAGUGACUAUUUAUCAGAGAACUUUCUAUGAGCUGAAGAUUUUUUAUAAACUAUAUGACAAUUAAAAAAAAAAAAUGAAAAUUUAAGCUGGUGAGUAAAAUUAAAACCUAUUGUUAAUGCUUGCCUGCUUUUGCAUAUUAUUAUUAAUCAGAUUCAAUAUUAUACAACAAAAAAAGUACUUAAAACAUUUAGAAAUUUGACAUAUCAGGAUUUUUAUUUAGAAUUUUUUAUUUUUAUUUCAUUUGCAACCAUUUUUAAUGACAGCAUUGUGCCUCAAUCGAUGUGACGCCAAACGAUGGCAAGAUGAAUACAUGAGCAAAUCACAAUUGGAUUCAAACGCUGAGACUCCUUGGUGUGUCGACUGAUCAUUUUACUAAUUAUUAUUCAUUUUAAUAAUCAACACUAAAUCCACAAAAGAAGCAUUUAACACACGGGUCACACAUCUUAUUGGCACGAUGAAGCUCUUUCAUUUUUUUUUAUUCAUUGAUUUUUUUAGAGUUUAAUUUCUACGAUAAUUGUAAUGUAUGAUUGGUCCGUGAGAUUAAUAGCCCAUGUCAGCCCAUGUGUUAUAAUUAAUUGUACACGAAAUAAUUGUGAUUUCAACUACAGAAACCAAAAAUAAUCAAAAGUAGUUUUGGUAUAUUAACUAAAAAUUAUUAGCCAAAAAUGUGUGGGGACCACAAAGAUGUAAAACAACAGUAGAUGGCAGAAAUUUUGAUGUUCCAAUCAAAGGUGUGGUGAAAAAUAAUUCGUGGUAAAUGGUAAAUAAAUCACACAAAACAUUUGAUAGAGAUGGUGAUUUUUUUACUGUUAUUUAUAUACCUGUAGAAAAAUCAAUAAAACUUGAUAAUUAUUUUGUGUUUAACUUUAAAAAGCAGAGCGCAUGAAGGUGAUUUUUUAUUGCAUAUAAUAUGUAUAUUUGUGUACCAAAAUAAUCAAAGUUCUCAUGGUAUGAAAAAGUGUCUUUAUUGUGUAAGCCAUAGAGGUCAAUUUUUGUUAAAUUUUUACAUCCUCAUUGUUAAUAUAUUUGUUUGUGAAAAUUGGAUUAGUUUGUAAAGGAGUUUUAAAUGUUUUUGCCAAUAAACUCAAAAAUCAGAUGUGA